AUAAAAAUAAUAAAAAAGAAAAAGUUAUGUAGUUGGACCAUCUGCUCUAUCCGUUCGAGUUUCGCUUCUCUAAGACGCUAAAAAUGAAAGUGUUCGCAACGCAUACCGAAAGAAUACCAAUGAAGCCGACCAUUAAUGACUAGUUCGAACACCAGGAGCGGUCUGUCUGAUCAAAUAAGGGAUCGGAUCAGACCGCUCUUAGAAACAUAAAAAAAAGAAAACUCUCAUAGUUCGGAGCCCAGCUCCAACUACUUCUUCUUAAGUGAGGUUUCUUAAAAUUCCUUCUCGGGGUCUUCCUUUCUACUCCUAAUGGUAGUGCGCAUCUCAAACGUUGAGGGGCCACCACAAACUGCUACAGCAUAAACAUAGGCUGGUAGUAUGAAAUGUCCCAAACUGCAUAAAAGCUUAUGUCUUCAUAUAGGAAGAACCUCCCAAUAGCUCUCCUAGCCGCUGCAUGCAACCUCUGCGAAAAUACUGAUAUCAUCGAGGGUUGUACUACUGUUUUCUUCAAAAGAAGGAAAAAAGAGACUCUACUUCUUUUUCUCGUAGCGCCUGAUGCAGAGGGACCGCUCCGCAAAGAUUCCCCCAAUACCACUGUCAUCAAAAUCCUUCGUACGACAGCCCUGUCCUCUCUAGGCUAGGCUCCUCUGUUACAUCAACUAGAUCCACCUCCCACCGAAAAAAAAAUGCCUUUUUUUUACCGGCCAAUCCUAAUUUCAAAUAAAGCACUCUUCCUCAUUUGUUUUUUCUUGCCUUCUUUAUUAGUGAAGGGGAUCCUCGAGAAAGCUCUUUGGCCAAUUCUGUAGAAUUUUGGCAUAUGGCGAUGUUAUUUCCAGCCAAACAUGCCAAGCCAAGUUUCAAUCUUCUUUUUUUUUUUCUCGCCUGAGUACUUGUUGCCGCAGAGCUUGCAUUGGACAUUUUAUCUAUCAAAUUUGGUGGCAAACUGCCAACAAGGGUCUGU